AUGUCGGGCCUCGUGAACAGAAUCAGCAAUGGCAUACCCAGACCUCAUCUGCAUGCAGCUGGCACGGAGGAGGUCAAGGGCAAAGACAUGUGGCUUGACAAUGAUGAUAUCAGCGCAGUAGCCACUGUUUCGAACUGGUACGCAGCAUCCUCAGCCCAAGCUCUGGGAUUAAGCAUGUGGGAGUCCAUCGCCACUGCUCUCGGAGGACAAAUACUCAUCGCGAUUGUUAUCGUGUUCAAUGGUCGUGCUGGAGCAAAAUAUCACAUCGGUUUUCCAGUGCUGAACAGAGCUGCUUUUGGAGUGUUCGGAGCAUGGUGGCCGACGUUCAAUCGUGCCGUGAUGGCCAUUGUGUGGAACGGAGUCAACGGAGUUCAAGGAGGCCAGUGCAUCUACGUGAUGAUUCACGCCCUGACACCCAGAAUUACUAAGCUCAGAAACAUCAUGGGCGAAGGCUCCGCUAUUAACUCUGGGGAGUUCAUCGGCUGUGUCAUCUUCUGGCUGGUCACUUGCGCCUUCCUGGUCAUUUCAGUGCCUAAGAUGAAGUCGCUCAUCUACGCCAAGCUCUUUGUCUUUGUCGUGUCAGCCGUCGCUAUGUGUGCAUGGACUUUGACCAAGGCUGGCGGUGUUGGAGCUAUCGCACACCAGAAGGGCACAGCCACAGGGUCGGAAAGAACAUGGCUCCUUGUUCGCUUCUUCUUCCUCGGUGCCGCAAAUUGUGCGACCUUCGCCAGUAAUGCUGCGGAUUUCCAGCGCUAUUCACGUCGACCCAACGAUGUUAUCUUGGGUAAUCUUGCUGGCUUCCCUCUUAGCAACUUUAUUGUCUGUAUCAUUGGCAAUUUGGUUGCAUCAGCAUCACAAGCGAUCUAUGGCGAAGUCAUCUGGAACCCUCUUACUUUCCUCGACAUGCUACAGACGGCUGAGUACAGCUCUGCAAACCGAGCCGGAUGCUUCUUCAUCGCCACUUGCUUCGGCUACUCGGCCAUUUUUUCAUCAAUCUUUGAGAAUUCUCUACCCGCUGGCAACGAUAUUGCGGCACUGUUCCCGAAAUACCUUACUGUUCGCAAAGGCUUCUUUAUCUGCGCUGCUGUAUCGUUUAUCAUCAACCCUUGGUAUCUUCUCGGCAGCGCCGGCAUCUUCAUCUCCUUCUUAGCUUCAUACCAGAUCUUCCUUUCCGCGAUCACUGGCGUGCUGCUAUGUCAUUACUACAUCAUUUCCCGCGGCUACCUCAAAAUAGAUGACCUUUACACCAGCGACAAAGAAGGCGUAUACCACUACUUCCACGGUUGGAACUGGCGUGCGUAUGCUGCCUACAUCAUUGGUAUAGUUCCCAAUUUCUACGGCUUUCUCAACAAUAUGGGCGUGGGAGCGCCGAUGGGUGUUACUAAGGCCUAUUAUUUUGCCUAUGAGAUUGGGCUGAUAUUGAGUUUUGGAGUUUAUUGGGCUUGUUGCUAUUUCUCGCCUCCUGCGCUGAUUAUGCCGUUGGGAGAGUGGCAUGAGCCCAAGGACUAUGUGAGGCCUGAAGAGAGGGCGAAGGUUAUCGAUGGUAUGCUGGUAGAGACUUGGGGCGAUGAAAUCGUUGAUGUCUCCAAAGUUGCUCGAGAGAACGUCAAGGAGCUAAAGUAG